CUGCGCAUCCUGGAGCUGGGCUGCGGAUCCGGGGCGAACUUCGAGCACUACCCGACGGGCUGCAGGAUCACAUGCAUCGACCCCAACCCGCAUUUCCAAAAGUACCUGAAGAAAAGUAUGACCAAGAACGACCACCUCGUUUAUGACAGCUUCAGAGUGGCGUCAGGGGAGAAUCUAGAGGCGGUGGAGGACAACUCCGUGGAUGUUGUGGUGUGCACGCUGGUUCUGUGCUCAGUCCAGGAUACGCCGAAGGUUCUGCGAGAAGCAAAGAGAGUUCUGAGGCCUGGAGGAGCGUUUUUCUUCCUCGAACAUGUGGUGUCUGACCCCUCAAGCUGGAUUUACUUUUUUCAACAUGUUCUUCAACCAUUCUGGUAA